CUUUUAAACAUCCUUGUCAUGCUUUAAUUGAAAAUUAAUUAAUUCAUAGACUGGCAGAUUUCAGGAGAAAAAAUCAACCUAAGUUUACACAAAAACUGUCGAGCAUCUCUUGAUUUCAAGUGAGCGUCAUUGAAUUACUGUAGCUGUUCCAGUGCUUAAACAUCCCUGAUCGCCUGCACAACAUGAGCUCUCCUAAGAAAGCGACUACUGAACCUCAUGUCAUCAAAGAGGAACUGAUAGCGAGUGGAAAAUGGGUGAAGCUUGAGAAGACCACAUAUGUGGAUCCCUCUGGAAGCACCAGAACAUGGGAAACAGCAAAGAGAACAACCCGAGUCGCAGACAGCGCUGCCGAUGGUGUAGCAAUCAUAGCCCUUCUGAAGAGGACUCUGCAUAAAGACUGUGUCGUAAUGGUGAAGCAGUUUCGUCCGCCCAUGGGAUGCAACACACUGGAGUUUCCUGCAGGUCUGAUAGAUGACAAUGAGAGUGUUGAAACUGCUGCUUUGAGAGAACUAAAGGAGGAAACGGGUUACAAAGGAGAAGUAGUGGGCAUCACCCCAGUCACGUGUUUAGACCCGGGCUUGUCUAACUGCACCACACAGAUGGUGAUGGUACAUAUCAAUGGAGAUGACAUUGAAAAUAUAAACCCCACUCAGCAGCUGGGUGAUGGAGAAUUUGUGGAGGUUAUUCUUCUACCGCUUGAUGAAUUUCAGCAAAAAAUUGAUGAGCUGCUGCAGAAAGAGAAAAUAGUGGUGGACUCCAAGGUGUAUAUUUAUGCCAUGGGAAUGUCCCAGGCCUUCUUUAAACCCAGAGAGUUGCCUGUGCUGAAGCAGUGAGAUGCACAAAUCUCUCACCUGGAGUACACUAAAGACAGACAAAGUUUGUGUGCUGUCACACACUGUGUAUGGAAGCCUGUUUACGCAAUGGGAU